UCUGCGAGCACACAUGCACUCCACAUAAUGAUGGGCUACUCGAAAACCUCACAGUGACAACAGAAGAAGCAGUUGCCAGAAGCUAAUCGGAGAGAAAACUGAAAAAAUUUCCCUGACCAGCUCGAUUUUAGUGAGAGACUGACAAGGGAAGGUGGUAAAAAUGGACGGAGAAGAAAAAACCUAUGGUGGCUGUGAAGGGCCAGAUGCCAUGUACGUGAAAUUGAUCUCCUCUGAUGGCCAUGAGUUUAUCGUGAAGAGAGAACAUGCUCUGACGUCUGGAACAAUCAAAGCUAUGCUUAGUGGUCCUGGCCAGUUUGCUGAGAAUGAAACAAAUGAGGUCAACUUUCGAGAGAUUCCAUCUCACGUUCUUUCUAAAGUGUGCAUGUACUUUACAUAUAAAGUCCGCUAUACUAAUAGUUCAACAGAAAUCCCAGAAUUUCCUAUUGCCCCAGAGAUAGCGCUGGAGCUUCUGAUGGCUGCAAACUUCUUAGAUUGUUAAACAUAAAAAAAAGAAACACUCGUAUACAUGUCUGGAUACAGAAUAAAUAUGAAAAGCAAAAUAUUAUUGGUUUAUUUUAUUGCUUUAAUACAUUUAGGUUCGCAAACAGAGAUAUGGUGUGUUGAAUUAGAAGUAUAAUUGUGUUUAGUCAUUUGUUAUAUUAACCUGUAAUUUUUUCCCCAUUUUUUUUUUUUUUUUUCAUUCGUGGAUCUCUACUUUUUAUUAUUUUAAGCUUUGACCCAGUAUUAACUUGAUAAUUUAUGUAUUGCAAAAUAAAGAUGCAUGAAGUGAUGCUCUCAUAUUAAAUAUUUUAAUGACUAGAUUAUUUUACGUUACCUGACAGACAUGUAAUUUUAUAAUGUAUCUGUUUAUGUUAACAAGUUAAAAAUUCAGUUGAAAUAGAUGUUAUACCUUUUCUGCAUGUGGAUUCAUCAGACAAAAGUCUUGUAAUUGUCCGCAGUAGUCAUUCAUCAGUUGUUUAAUGAAUAAAAUCAGCUGUUCUUGGAAA